GGUUAUCGCAAAGUGAUUCUUUCCACCAACAUUGCAGAGACCUCCAUCACCAUUGCAGGCAUAAAAUACGUUGUGGACACAGGGAUGGUCAAAGCAAAGAAAUAUACGCCCCAAAGUGGCCUGGAGGUCCUGGCAGUGCAGCGAAUCUCAAAGGCCCAGGCCUGGCAAAGAGCUGGUCGAGCUGGGAGAGAAGAAAGUGGAUUUUGUUACCGCCUCUACACAGAAGAUGAAUUUGAGAAGUUUGAUAAGAUGACUGUACCAGAGAUCCAAAGGUGAAAGGCGCUGCAGGCCGCCAUCGAGCAACUGACUCUCCUGGGUGCGGUGGAAAAGAAAGAAGACCAGCUGAUCCUCACACCAUUGGGGAAAAAAAUGGCUGCAUUUCCUCUCGAGCCCAAAUUUUCCAAAACGAUCCUGAUGUCUCCCAGGUUCCAUUGUACGGAGGAGAUCCUGACCAUUGUCUCGCUGCUCUCUGUGGACAGCGUCCUCUACAAUCCUCCUUCCCGUCGGGAGGAAGUCCAGGCCGUCCGAAAGAAAUUCAUCUCCAGCGAAGGGGAUCACAUCACUUUGCUCAACAUUUACCGGGCCUUCAAAAAUAUCAGUGGCAAUAGGGAAUGGUGCAAAGAAAAUUUUGUGAACAGUCGAAACAUGAUGCUGGUUUCAGAUGUUAGAGCUCAACUAAGGGAUAUUUGUAUAAAGCUUUCGAUACCCUUGGAGUCUUCCCGCUCUGAUACUGGGACUAUCCGCCGCUGCCUGGCCUAUAGCCUCUUCAUGUAUACAGCAGAGCUGCAGCCAGAUGGCACCUAUGCCACAACUGAUACCCAUCAGCCAGUGGCCAUUCACCCUUCUUCAGUCCUUUUCCAUUGCAAACCAGCCUGCGUUGCAUACAAUGAACUGUUGCACACCAGCAAAUGCUACAUGAGGGACCUCUGUGUGGUGGAUGCUGACUGGCUAUAUGACGCGGCCCCCGAAUACUUUCGCCGGAAGCUGAGAGCAGCCAAGAAUGGACCUUAAGAUUGGGGAUAAGGAAAAAAAAAUUAGUUGCCUAUAGGACCUUGGAUUUGUGACUUUGGUAACUGAAUAUACAGGAAUGUUGCUAUACCGACAGAAGCGAGCUGGACCUCAUAAUGUUUCUUUCACAGUCUCUUCUGGAAUAGGAUCUUAAGUGGGCAUGUUCCACGUGCUGUACCUACCUAGAAGAGAUAAUAAGAGGCCACAGGCAGAUUUUGCAUCUCUGAAAUGCUUCGUGAUUAGCCCGCCUCUGUUUCCAUUCCAAAUGUAUGAUGAGGUUUCCAUAUAAGUAGUCCGCCUUGGUCUUCAGUCCUUUAGAAAGCAUGCCAUAUAAAGAAAAGAGAAACACAGAUGUUUUUAGGACAAAACUUGGUAAAUCUAUACAUUUUGAAAACUGCCUUGUCACAGACUUUCUCAGCACUGCAUCUUACCAUUACUAUGUAACGUGAGGGAAAAAAAUAAUUUUAAAUAAUAUUUAUUUUUAGGAUGGAAA